AUGGAAGGCAUAAAUAACACAACAGCAACAACAAACACCUGUAGAAUGAAUGUCGAUAACAGUAUCGGUUGCGGAGGAGAGGCGGAGGAACAACAGCCAUGUACAACAACAUCAUUAUCGUGUCGAUCAUCGUCGUUGCCGUCGUCUGCAAACAAACAACUUCAGACGUUCGAAGGUAAAGAGUUAACCGGUCUCACACAUGAGUGUGGGGUUUUCGGUGCGAUUGCUUGUGGUGACUGGCCCACACAGAUUGAUAUUGCACACGUGAUAUGUCUGGGAUUAGUGGCAUUGCAACAUCGUGGCCAGGAAUCAGCUGGUAUUGUGACCAGCGAAGGAAAAUGCUCCAAACAAUUCAAUAUGCACAAGGGCAUGGGCAUGAUCAGCCAAUUGUUCAACGAUGAGGCGAUGAAGAAAUUGAAGGGCAAUUUGGGUAUUGGCCAUACCCGUUAUUCCACUUCGGGAGCCUCGGAGGUGGUAAAUUGCCAACCGUUUGUGGUACACACUGCCCAUGGUGCCAUGGCCUUGGCCCAUAAUGGUGAAUUGGUAAAUAGCGAGUCUUUGCGUCGUGAGGUGUUGGGUCGCGGUGUGGGUCUGUCCACCCACAGUGAUAGUGAGUUGAUUGCUCAAAGUUUGUGCUGCUGCCCGGAGGGUGUUUCGGAAGUCGACGGACCCGACUGGCCAGCACGUAUACGCCACUUUAUGCAAUUGGCCCAUUUGUCGUAUUCCCUGGUCAUUAUGGUCAAGGACAAAAUCUAUGCUGUCCGUGACGUCUAUGGCAAUCGUCCCUUGUGUUUGGGCAAAAUCAUACCCAUGAAUGCCAGCGGUGAAAAGGUUGAAGACCUCCCAGCUGAGGGUUGGGUGGUAUCCAGUGAAUCAUGCGGCUUCCUUUCAAUUGGAGCUCGUUAUGUGCGUGAAGUACAGCCAGGAGAAAUUAUCGAAAUGACACGCAAUGGCUGUCGCACUGUGGAUAUUGUGGAGAGGCCCGACUACAAGAAAAUGGCCUUUUGUAUUUUCGAAUAUGUUUACUUUGCCCGUGGUGAUUCGAUUUUUGAGGGACAAAUGGUUUAUUCGGUGCGUAUGCAAUGUGGACGUCAAUUGGCCAGGGAGGCACCCAUCAAAGCUGAUAUUGUUAGUUCGGUACCCGAAUCAGGUACAGCUGCCGCCCAUGGCUACGCCAAGGAAUCUGGUUUAGAAUUUGCUGAGGUUUUGUGUAAAAAUCGUUAUGUCGGUCGUACAUUUAUUCAACCUUCAACACGUCUACGGCAAUUGGGUGUGGCGAAGAAAUUUGGUGCCCUUUCGGAAAAUGUUUCGGGUAAACGUUUAGUGCUGAUCGAUGAUUCCAUUGUGCGUGGUAAUACAAUUGGACCCAUUAUCAAGUUAUUACGUGAUGCUGGUGCCUUGGAGGUACAUGUUCGUGUUGCCAGUCCACCGUUGCAACAUCCCUGCUACAUGGGUAUUAAUAUUCCCACACACGAAGAGUUAAUUGCCAAUACCCUGAAUGCUGAACAAUUGGCCAGACAUGUUGGCGCUGAUAGUUUGGCUUAUCUGUCGGUGGAGGGUCUCAAGGAGGCCGUCAAUAUGAAUCGCAAGGAGCAGAUUAAAGGUGAGGGUGGUCAUUGUACUGCUUGUUUGACUGGUGAAUAUCCAGGCGGGUUACCCGAUGAAUUAAGUUGGUAG